AAAAUAACUGGACCUAUCAUUCACCUUCACCAAAUCUAUAAAUACAAAGAUAAUCCUGAGAGACAGCACAAACAAACUCGAUCUUAUUUCUCAAGUCUAACUGUUUCAUUAUUCACUUCUCUCGCUACUUCUUCAUUCUUCUUCAUUCUUCAUCUCUUUGACUUGUGGAAAACUGAAAUGGCAACGGCGUCGUUUAACAUGCAGUCAGUACUGUUCACCGCUCCAUCCGGUGGAUUGAGCUCACGCAACAUCAGAAACACAAACCAACUCUUCUCCAAGAGGAAUGCUUCGUUGGGGGUCAGGUGCAUGGCUCAGGAUCCUAUCAAGGAAGACUCUUCUUUGCCUUCGACCUCGACCACUCAACCGCAAAUGCCGCCGUCUCCUCCACCAGUUACCAAGCCUAAGGUGAGUACCAAGUUUAGAGAUUUACUAGCGUUUAGCGGUCCAGCGCCGGAGAGGAUAAACGGGAGAUUAGCUAUGGUGGGAUUCGUGGCAGCGAUUGCGGUGGAGCUGUCGAAGGGAGAGAACGUGUUUGCUCAGAUCUCCGACGGUGGCGUCGGGUGGUUUUUAGGAACGACGGCGUUGCUGACGUUAGCAUCGAUGGUUCCGCUGUUCAAGGGAAUAAGAGCAGAGUCAAAGUCCAAAGGGUUAAUGACGUCAGACGCCGAGCUAUGGAACGGUCGGUUCGCGAUGCUCGGCCUCGUCGCGCUGGCCUUCACUGAGUACGUCACCGGCGGGAGUCUGGUCUAAGUCUCUUAUUGUGUGGUUUUUAGGGAGAAUUUGGAGAAUGAUAAGUAAAACAUAGUUUGAUUUUUAAUAUGUUUUUUUGAAGUUGUGGAACUGUCGACGUGAUCGAAUUAAAAUUUGUUCUAUUGGUUCGUUAAUUACAUGAAGACGGACGCAAAAUGAUUUUUUUUGUCAAAUGUAAAACUGAUUUUUCUCCCAAAACUAUAAAAUCGGAUUAUCCUGGUAA